GGCGACUGAGUUUGCAAACGAGAAAGUCAACAUUGUCAUGGCAGCACCACAGAAGGAGCAGCCUGAGUCUAGUCAGACCAAUCAGAUCAGGGAAGCGAUAUCAAAACUUGCCAUAGAUGUCCCGGAAAAAGAGAUAUAUAAUCCUUACCGCGAGAACGACUACCUUGUUCCCCAGUGGAAAGAUAUCACCACGUUGUUAGACAAUGCAUCGAAUGAUCUUGAUGUUGGGCAAUUAGUUCAUUUACAGUCAUUUACGCUGUUUGAUGCUAUGAGCGCCAUCGAAAUCAUGGAUCCAAAGAUGGACACCGGGAUGAUAUUGGAAGGUGACAAGAAAAAGCCAUUUGAUCCGCUUAAAUCUCUUAGUGGCGAGCAAGUGCUUUGGGUCAUCGACCGACUGUUGAGCUGUGAGAUGGCAUGGUUAUCUGGGCAUUCUCUGUCGCAGACGAUAUUUACUUGCAUGUACUUCCAUGAUGUUUUUUCACUGGUGCAAGAAAAAAUUGAACCGUCUCAGCGCAUAGAUCAGCCUCCAGAGUUGGUCAGCUCUGUGUUGAAAGCAUAUGUACUGGCAACUACAAAGUGCUGCCACUUAAUAUGGAGGGAAAUGGUUUCAGGAAAUGUCUAUGAGGAAGAAGACUUUACUACGAACCUGUUUGGACUGUCAUUAGGCGAACAUUAUCCUGACACCGAAGUGUUAAACGCAAUAGACUAUGCUAUACACUGGUUAUCUGAAUUCAAGAAGAGAAUGGCGUCAGAGGGAGGCGAAAACUUGGCUGUGUUCGAAGGUCUACUCAACCGCCUUUAUGCUCGCAAACAUUAUCUCCUGGCCCAUAUGUAUUUUUCGCAACCAAAGUGUGAAUGGUAUCAUAAGGCAGACUCUGAGUUACAAGAGCUUACAAAGCUGCUAACUAGCAAAGAUGCUGGAUCGAUUCUUAACACUCAGAAUUUGGGAAAAGAAGUGGAUGGUGCGUUUGACGAAAAUAUCAAUCGCAUUUUGACUUCACAGACACCUCCUCGUCCAAUUAUAUUGCCCACUCAGGCCGAGGCACUGGAGUCCUUUGUCCACCUGUCAAGUCGACUGACAUCCCUUUGCUCCAUUGUGGACUACCAAUCUGUAGCCUCCCUUUUGAAUUUUUGUAAAUAUUUCGCUUCCUCCAGACCCUAUCCGGAUGCAUUUUCUCGGUCAAAAUUGAAUACGAGUAUAUACCAUAGUUAUCGAUUCCUGGGGUCAUGCCCUCUUGACGAGGUUGUCGCGGAAUCCAUGAUUGACUUGCUACAACCUCCAUCUUGGUGGUUUUCUAAACAUCGACCACAAAGCAUCGAAGAGGAGAGCUAUCGUGAGACGAAAACAGCAAUCAAUGCCUUUCUAGAGCGUGCUGGACUGCCUUUCCUGGAUAUCUUCAGGAUAUAUUGUCACAAUCGAGCACGGCAACGUCGGAUAAUGUGUAAAGUACUAGGAGAAUGGGAAAUUCUCUUGAAUGAGGCUUUCACACUGGACGAAAAGUUAAAUGAAAUUUGCUUCGACGAAAGUAAAUAUUAUUUUUACCAUUGGACAAAUCAUCGUAGGCUUAACAUGAUCGAGACCAUUCUAUUGCUCGGAUUUGAGCUUGAGCUUUAUGGAUCGCAUGAAUACACCAUGAUUUAUUGGUUUGUAGAUUACUUGCUAACCUAUCGACAUAAUGUCUACUCACAUAUACAAGCGAACAUUGCCAUAAGCGACGUGUACUCUGAACCGUACACAAGCAGCAACGCUCGCCAAUCUUCACCCACAUCGCAGAAACGACAAAGAAUAUGUGAAUUCCAAUCUUUGCAGUUGAUUAACAGCAUCAAAUACGAUCUGAACAUAUCUGUUUGGCGAACUUUGAUUGCAUUCGAGAAGAUAAAUUUAAUCAAAAAACCAAGUUUAGCCUUUGACGACGAGGAAACACGUUAUCAACAUAGAUUCAAGGCGUUUGCCAAUCUCUGGAACUUUGAACUUCCACCUUAUGAACGGUUUCGAAAUGAUGUGAAUGUUGCAUCGGAGAAGCCUAUGGACCAGUUGCACGCUGCUCAGAUGAGCCUCAAUAGAGCAAAAGAUAAUCUCAGACGCAUUAUUCCAGAAAGCGCAUUACAGACCAAGACAGAGCUUUGCGCUGACUCGUAUAAAAAGGACGUGCAAGCCAUGAUGCGAACCUGUAUUUCUAACCAAGUGGCCAUAACGCGAAUAAUGAAGAACACAUCAGCCAAAAUUAACAUAUCAUUUGAGUACCACCCUUACUGGCCAACCUUCAAUGUCAUAGAAUUAUAAUCUGCUGCCACUGAAUUGCCACUCUUAAUGUCUCUACUUGCAACGUAAUCAUAGAUGCCAUGGAGCAAACACGUAAAAAUAAACAUAUUUCAAAAGGAAUGAAAUUUCUUUUAUUCUGAGUCGAACAAAUGUACAG